AUGCCUGGGGGAGGUGGACACGGAGGUGGACAGCCCAAGGCCGCUCCGGCCUCCAACGCUGCUGCUGCGCAAGGUGAUCAAGCUCAAGCCAAUGGAGGUACAGCUUCACAAGGGCAAGGUGGCUUCGAAAGAGGCUUAGACUCCGGCCUUGCAAAGGCUGCACCGUCGGCACAGGGCUUGACACAGAAAACAUACCGAGCCUAUAGAAGGCGACUGGAUUUGUUCAGCAGACAAUGCAGCAGAAGGGGCAACACUGUCUCUGUCGAAGGUGCCUACCUGGUGCUUAGCCAACUUCAAGAUGUAGCUUGGGAUGCUACCGAAAGCAUCGAGCUGGAUGACAUCGAAUUGGCUGACAACCCCUUCGAGCCCAUUGUCAAGGUCUUGGAUGCGUUAUUUCAACAUGAAGAAGAAAUUGAACUACCAGAGCGCUGCCAAGAAUUUUUCGAACAAUUCCAGCGAGAACGACAAGAGGAGCUUCAGCAAUAUCUUGUCCGGCAUCAGACGAUGCUCAAGAAGUUGAAGGAUUUGCAAGUAGAUAUGGACACAUCCACAAUGAAGUCUAUGUGCAACGGAAAGCUCACCACGGAGAAGGUGGCUCGCGCAUUGACCCAGAUGUUUGGAGGUGACAGCAAACCCAGCUCCAAAGACACCACGUUCAAGCACGAGGUGCACAUGGUCGACGUCGAUGGUGACUACGACGAUGAGGUCUAUGAUGAAUGCUACUAUGAGGAUGACGAGACCUUCUACACCAACGACUAUGAAGAGGACUACAUGGACGAUGCCUACUACGCUGACAACAACAACAUCGUCGGUGACGAGGAGAUCCCCGCCGAAUUGGAUGAGGCGACAUUGGUGGUUGAAGAUGCCUACAUCAACUACCUGGACAGCAGGAAGAAGAUGAGGGAGUUAGCCCUCGCCAGAGGAUUUUACCCUGUGGUUGCGCUGGACAUGGGCGACGGCAACUACAAGGGCAACAAUGGUGGGCGAUCGACAGGAAUCAAAGAGGUUCCUGACGAUACCAACAUGGUUGAGGACAGACCCACAGAGGUGACACCUGUCCCUGGCGAGUUCCAUCAACAUGAGGAGAUCAACUUCACCUCACAAGAGGUUGGAUGGGCCAUCAUGGACAGUGGUGCAACAAGAACUGUCUGUGGGGAGGCCACAUGGGACAAAAUCGCCGGCUACCUCAACAUGAGAGGCAUGGAGGCUGAGAUCAACAAAGAUCCCCGCGAUUUCCGGUUUGGAGAUGGCGUCACACUUCAGCCUGACUUGGAAGCCUGGAAUGUCAUGGUCAACUAUGGCAAGAAACUGGUCUACGUGGAUGGUGCUGAGAUUCGACCUGUUUUCACUGCGAACGGCCACUACAUGAUCAACAUCUUCGACGACUUGCAGGACAUCCUCAAUGUCGACGACUUGAAUGUCAAGAACGUCAACUCGGCUGAUGACGAGGUUUUCCUCGACACCAUCAUGACCGACGACAUCUCUGAUGAGGAGAUGGAUCUUGAGGUCGACGUGGAUGAAGAGACCAUCGAGGAGGUGAUUUACCGGGUGGUCGACAAGAGCAAGAUUUCUCAAAGGGUUCUCAAGUUCUGGGAGGUCUACAUCGACGAAGGCAACUUGGGCAAGUAUCUUCAGGCCAACUACCCCGAUGUGGAAGUGCGACAGUUUUCACUUCCCCAAUGGAACUUUGAGAUGAACGAAGCUCAAAGGGAUUUCCGCAAGUUGGUCGCUGAAGAGAAGCCACACCAUGUGAUGGUGGCACCUGAGUGCCGACUUUGGUCUCCGAUGCAGAACCUGAACUAUCGAACACCUGAACGACGAGCACUCCUGGCAGACAUGCGAAAUCUUGAAGAAAGCACUCACUUGAAGUUCUACGAUGACAUCCACAGCGACUCCAAGAAGAUCUACUACGAUUGCACACGGGACAGCCCGCUGAUGCGGUUUCAUGGAAAACCGAGACUUUGGAGAAGAUGA